AUGCCCCCGAAGUUGCCCCCUGGCUCCGUCUACCGCAACACCCGGUACCCCAACUCCUUAAUCACAUCCAAGCCGCCACCAAACACGAUACUGAGGAGCCUGGGAUGUCGAGGAUAUCCGGUGCUUGCAGGUGCUGCGCCGUUGUCGUGCCCUGGUCGUGUAUGGCUCUUCCGCUGGAGCUCUGACCCGCUCCGUCAUAUCCCGACUGUUGGUAGCCCGACCGCCUCUCUUCUGUCAUUCGUAUCCACUUCCCAGUGGAGGAAUAAUGCACGAGACUUGAUCAUGGAGGGAUACCAGAAGUACCCGGGGUCUGUCUUCAAGAUCGCGGCGUACGAGAGGUGGAUCGUGAUGGAGAAGCUGUCGCGUGCCAUUCCCGCGCUCAUCCCGGACUUCGUGCGUGAGUUCGCGUGCGCCUUCGCGGAUUACGUGCCCACCAAGGGGUCAGAAUGGACGACCGUGGCCGCGUUCCCAUUCAUGCAGAAGGCCGUCGCUCGUGCGACCUCUAGUGUCUUCGUGGGAGAGCCGCUGUGUCGCAAUGAGGACUACCUCAGGCUCGCGAUCAUUUAUACAAACUCCAUAGUCCACGACAGGGACGUCAUGAAAUAUCUACCCGGAUCCUUGCUGAAGACUAUUGUCGCCACUGCCAUGAGCGCCGCUUGGCGGACGAACCGCGAAAUGUACCUUUUCCUCAAGCCUCUGAUGGACGAGCGUCGGAAGAACAUGGCCGAGUUCGGCGACGACUGGGCUGACAAGCCUACCGAUCUGCUCCAAUGGCUCAUCGAAGAGGCCCCCACGCAACGUCAAACGGACAUGCAGAUCGUCGAGCGCGUAAUGGACAUCUACUUCGCCGCGAUCCACACAUCCUCCAACACGAGCACCCACGUGCUCUACUACCUCGCGACCGAGCCCGAGUGGGUCGAGACCCUCCGGGCCGAGAUCGAGCCCAUCGUCGCCGCCGAAGGCUGGACGAAGAACGCGAUCGCGAAGAUGUGGAAGCUAGACAGCAUCUUCCGCGAGUCCCAGCGCGUGAACGGCAUCAGCGUCUUCUCCCUCACCCGCUUCGCGCUGAAGGACAUCACGCUCGCCGACGGCACCUUCAUUCCCAAGGGCACGAACCUCGCCGCGUCGUCCUUCGGCACGCACUUUGACGACGGCAUCCUCCCCGGGGCGGCCUCGUUCGACCCGUUCCGGUGGGCGCGGAUGCGCGAGGCGAGCGAGGCGGAGGCGACGAAGCACCAGUUCGUCAACACCUCGCCCGAGUACCUCCCUUUCGGGCACGGACGGCACGCGUGCCCUGGACGCUUCUUCGCGUCGAACGAGCUCAAGGUCUUGAUCGCGUACAUCAUCCUCAACUACGACUUCAAGCUCGCGGCGGGCGCGACGACGCGUCCGGAGAACUUGUAUAUCGACGACAGCGUGGUCCCCAAUCCGACUGUGGAGAUUAUGUUCCGCAGGCGGGAGUCGACGUUGGAAUGA